AUGCAAGAGGGUAAGCAGCUCGAAUGGGGCGUACGUCAACACGCCGACAAUAUCCGCAAGAACGAUCUAAUCUACGUGUGGUUGUGCGGAAAGUACGCGGGUAUCUCUGCCACGGCCAUCGCACUCGAAGACCCCGUGCGUGUCGAUGCGCCGUCUGGAGACGCUGUCUUUGUCCCUUCUUCCAAACCCAACUUGAUCCACAAUGUUCAAAUCCAGAUCACCAAGAUCUUACCCAACAUCCUUCCCAAAAAGACAAUGGCAGAGAACAAAUUAUUGUCACGAAUGACCAUUAUCCGUGCACCACUUGCCACCAACUUUUGGGUGACUGAUGAAGAAUCUGAAAUGUUGUCAACAAUGGUCAGUCAAUUGGAAAAGGGUGAGUUGGAUACUUUAAUCGUUCCCAAUCCAUCAGCUUCAUCUUUUAACAAUAAUAAUAAUAAUAAUAAUGGAGAUGAUUCAAAUGAUGAUGAUUCUAUAUCAACUACUAGUACUACUAGUACGACUACUACUACCACCUCUUCUUCAUCUACUUCAAUAGUAUCAUACUCUUCUACCAAAAGAGGAGGAAAGCAUCAACAAAAUGAUCAAGAUGAUGCAGAUGAUGAAGAUGAUAGUGAUGAUGACGAUGAUGAUAUGGCUAUUGUGACACCUUCCAAACCAAGAUCCAAAGCAUCUGCCAAAUCCAAACCAAAAGCUGCUCGUGGCAAGAAAGCAGCAGCCAAACCAAUGCACAAAUGUACAAUGUGUGAUGAACAACAAACAGUCUCUAAACAUUUCUUUAGUUGUGAUUCAUGUGGUCGUUAUUACCACAAUCAUUGUUUGUCUGAUCCAGUUGAUAAAUCACUUUAUUCUUAUUGGAUUUGUUAUUUAUGUUGUAUGACUGAACAACAAAUUAUCAAUUGUAAAUUAGUUAUUGGAUGGUUAGAAUUAAGAAGCAAGUGUAGAAAGAUAUUACAUGACAUGUGUGAAUCAUUUUACAUAUCACACAAGAAAAAUAUUUAUUCUGGAAACAAGAAAAAGGCAUUGAAUAAGAUGACCCAGGCAACAUGUCAAUUAAACACCAUAAGAGUAUUAUUAAGCAAGGUUGUAAAUCAAAGAUUCUCUAUUUGGUAUCAACAUUUACUGCAACAACAACAACAACAACAACAACAAGUAAGUUGGCAAAUUAAUGUUACCCAAUCCAUCUUACCCUUAAAAAUAUUUUUCUUUUUAAAAAGCAUUAAAGCAACAUUUUAUGAUACAACUGCAUCGAGAAAUGUUGAUUUUGGACAUUUAUCUACAGGAUCGGGUAUAAUCGAAGAUGUAUCAACAGGUGCUACUAUAUUUAAUGAUCAACUGGGUGCUGAUGGGAGACCAGAUUACUGUUGUGGUGAGACACCAACUCUUGAUCCCAAUACUGGAGAGGUUGUGAUUCAAAGUGCUCACACUUAUUGGGACUGGAUCAACCCAUCUGGCUGUAAUAGUUAUAUGGAGCAUUUGGAUAUUGAGUGGACUGAAGAUGGAGGUGGUGGGUUCAACAUGCAAAUGGAUGACCCAACCCAAUUCAGUGGUCAUGGAUUUGACAACCCUGUCUUGUUCCCUAACGAACCUACCCAAGCACUCAACGUUGACUGGUGUCUCGAUAUAAGAUUCUCGCUGCUUGCCAUUACACCCGAUCCAGACUUCCAUCUGUUUUCCAACCAAGACUACAUCAUGUACCUGAAUGGUACGUUGUUGGGUUACGGUUUGUUGAUGGAACGUCCAGAAAAUCUCAAUUCAGCCCUGUUGCUUGGAACUUUGCAAGCAGGAGAUGUGGUAGAUGUCAACCUGGUGCUUUGUAACAGAGUGCAGGAUACGUUGGACUAUUUCUACGUCAUCAUCUCGACGAUGGGGUUCCAGCCAUACUGUAGAUUCACCGAUGUAUGUGGUGUGUGUAACGGCGAUGGUUCGACCUGCGUUGCUCCAGCUGCUGUCAAUUGUGACGACGAUCUGUGCCAUACCGCCGUUUGUACUAUUGGUGCAGGAUGUGUACGUACCCCAAUCAACCCCGAUGACGGUAACCCUUGCACCAUUGACACUUGCGAUAUCCUCGUCGGGCCCGUCCACACUGACAUCCUCAACUGCUCGGCAUGUAACGACAUCCCAUGUAUCUCGGUUGAUCCAUGUGCACCUGCUUCAUGCUCGAUGGACGGCUUGACAUGCCAAGAAAUCCCAUUGAUCUGUGACUCGGCCGACUCGUGUAUCGACUCGUUUUGUCAGGAUGGAGAGUGCAAGUUUACCAUCAUAUGUGAUGAGCCAGCUACCACAGGCGUCGUUUCAACCACCAUUGGUGAUAUAACUACCACCGCUGAAAUAACAACCACUGCCUCUACCACUGCCUCCACGACCGCUUCCACCAUCGCGUCCACUACUGGAGCUCUAACCACGGGUACCCCCACAACUACCACCACCACUGCCGGCACAACUGCAUCCUCCACCUCUACCACCGCAAUCUCUACGAUUGGCACGACCAUUGCAACGACCACUGCAACCACUACGGCAACGACCACUGCAACCACAACAGCUGAAAUCACGACCACUGGUGACACUACAUGGGAAAUUACAACUGGACAUGUGACCAAUACUCUUGGUAUCAUUACAGGCCAUACUAUUGGCGGUCAUACGAAUGGCCACACUAUCGGCGGGCAUACCAUCGGUGCCAUCACUGGAUGCGAUCCAAUAUGUCCACCCAUUAAAUGUAGUGAUAAACAACCUCCUGGUUGUCCACCCAUCCAAUGCAGUAAACAGAGUCCAGAGGAACAUAUUUUGAUGGAUCGAGACAGAGAGUCCGUUCCACUGCCAGUCCUUUGUUCUCUGACAAUAGCAUCAUUCGUCUUAACAUCAAUAAUUGAUUUAUUCACUUGUAAAACCAAACGUUUGUCAUUUUUCCCAACUUUGAAAUUCUGCAGAAAAGAACGGGUCCUCAUACCACGCAUUGAUUGGUCUGUUGAGGGGCAUGAAAAUUGA